AUGAAGCCCUCCACUUGUCUGAGUGUUCUUGCGCUUCUGACCUCCAUUGUAGCAGACUUCACGGCCCUAACCCUAACCCCUUCCCAGUGUCCAAGUGGCACAUACAAGACCUUCGCCGAGAUCCCCGCUGCCGUAUCCGAUGCUUGGCUCGUUGUAGAAGCCGUGCCGGAGCAACUGCCUUUGAAGAUCAGCACAUUUGCAGAGGUCGAUCGCAAUGCGCCGGAUGACUGCAUCAUCGCCUCGAAUAAAUUAAUGACGGAUGGUGAAACGAGGGAAGAGUUGUUCGGCUUAUUGACCGACGUGCUGAAGAAAUGCGGUAUGAUCCCUGUUACGGCGAAACGGGAGUCAAUUUGGUGUCGGGAGAUCAUGUAUAUUCUGGCGGAAGAUGUCAGUGCCUCAGAGGAGAUUGAUCUUCUGUGGCAAAAUAUGUUCCAGCUUCCGUCUAGUUUACCGCCAUGCCGGCUGAUGGAUCAGGUUGGCCUGGAUACGGUGGCGUUCAUUGAGGACAAUUACGUCCAGGAGAGAGGACUAGACAGUCAUAUGACCGUUGACUGGCUGCGCAAGGAGUACAUCACGCCAGGAAAGCUGGGGCUUAAGAGUGGAAAGGUUGGAUUGUAUCCACACAAGCCUUUGGAGAAUGGGGUUAAUAAUGAAGAGACCGUGUACUUACUCGAUGUGGGUCUGGAUCCGGACAUUUCGCUCAUUCCAGCAGCUGGACGGAUUCUUAAAUUUAAGCCUAGUACGGGAAAGAUGACCUCCCUCGUUGAAGGGCAGUCAUUGCCGGAUGGAAUUGAUGUCUCGAGAACCGUGUCCCGAAUCUUCUGGACGAAUGAUGGGCCGUUCAACAUGCACACGCCGAAACAGCUGGCCAUUGAUGAUAUCAGGGUCAAGGGCUACUUCUGUGAUCGUGAAGGCAUGGGUGUGCACAGGGUCAACUUUGAUGGCACGAAUCAUGAGAUUCUGAUCCGUACUGGUUCUCUCAAUAAUCACGAGGAGAGAAAAGAUAUGACUUGGUGGUGUGUAGGCAUUACCUUGGACCUGAACAGAGUUUGUAUCUACUGGACGCAAAAAGGACCUAGCAAGAGUGGCCAGCGGCGGAUCUUUAGGGCUGGAAUUAACAUACCUGCUGGUCAGACGGCGGAAAGUCGAAAUGGCAUCGACUUAUUUUUGGAAGGGUUGCCAGAACCGAUUGAUCUGGAGCUGGAUGGGGAGAAUCAGUUGCUGUACUGGACCGAUCGCGGGGAGCAUCCAACUGGACGUUCAUUGAAUCGAGUAGAUGUUAGUGGAAGGGUUGAAAAAGUUGAGCUUCAGAGAAAGAAGGGAAUACUAGCGAGGCAGUUCCAUGAGUCUAUUGGGAUCGAAUUAGGCGAAGAGAAACGGGUAUAUGUGGCUGAUUUGGGAGGAAGUGUGUAUCGGGUGGAAGAUGGGAAGAAGGCUGUGAUGUGGCGGGAUGAUGGGUGUUAUACUGGCUGGCAAUUCUCUGACAAUCUUAAUAGAUACUGGCAUUAUAUAGAUCCUUCGCAGCACCUUUUAGCAUACGAGAAGGACAGAUUGAACAACAAUAUCAGCUCCAUUGACCUAACCAUAUUGCUACACAAAAUGGCCAUCGCCCGCGCCAAUUCCUGCAGUGACCCCAUUCUCCGCAUCUUCCUCCCGACCCUCACUGACUUCAGACCAUCUUCAUUAAGCACCGUAUCCAUGUACGCCGGCAAGAUGGAGUUCACUCUGAUCCCCUAUAGUGUCUCCUCUGCAGCUAGAUUCCUCUACAUAUGCGGCACGGCAGCCUUGGAGACGGCAUGA